AUGGCAGCCCUCAUGGUGCUUGCCCCAGCCUCUGCCUGCUGCGUCCUGGUCUUGCUACUGCUCCUCUAGGAGCUCUAGGGCUGCUCGAAGAGCUCAGAAGAGCCCUGCACUGAUCCUGUGAUUACUCCUUCCAACUACACCACCUCUGAUGCAGUCAUUUCCACGAAGGCUGUUUUCAUGGUUGAGAUCUCUCUGAUGUGCAAGAAUAGGGCACAGAACAUGGCCCUCUAUGCUGAUGUUAACAGAAAGCAGUUUCCAGUGACCUGUGGCCAGGAUAUUGAACGUUAUCAGGUAUCCUGGAGCUUGGAAUAUAAGAAUGCCCAUUCUGGAACUUAUGAAAUCAAAUUCUUUGAUGAAGAAUCCUACAGUCUUUUGAGAAAGGCCCAGAGAAGCAAUGAAGAUGUGUCUGCCAUUAGACCCUUGUUUACAGUCAGUGUGGAUCACCAAGGUGCCUGGAAUGGGCCUUGGGUCUCUACUGAAGUGCUGGCUGCAAUGAUUGGCAUGGUGGUCUAUUACAUGGCCUUCAGUGCCAAAAGCAACAUUCAGGCCUGA